AUGUCAUCAGCACAAAAACCUCAAAAGACACAAAAGGGAUGGAAGUCCUUUCUGGCCGGAGCCGUCGCAGGCGCCGUCGAGGGAACUGUCAACUAUCCGUUCGAGUUUACCAAAACCAGACUCCAGUUAGUGCCUAAAUCUUCCACAAUGAGCCGAAAUCCAUUUGUGCUCAUGUACAAGGUGGUUAAAGGCCAAGGACUCGGUGCUCUUUACGUUGGAUGCCCAAUCUUCGUUGUUGGUAAUACAGCCAAGGCCGGUGUCAGAUUUCUUGGAUUUGACUCCAUCAAAAAACUCCUAGUUGACGAAGAUGGUAAGUUGAGUGGGCCACGGGGUGUUGUUGCGGGUCUGGGUGCCGGCUUAAUGGAAUCUAUCUUUGCAGUUACUCCAGCCGAGUCUCUUAAGACAGCCAUGAUCGAUGACCGUCAACUUCCACAUCCAAAGUAUCAGGGUGUCACCGGAUCUGUCAAAUUGGUCAAGGAUCUUGGCUUGAGAGGAAUGUACAAGGGAUUCCUUCCUGUUGCCAUGCGUCAGGGUGCAAACCAGGCAGUUCGUAUGGGAACUUACAGUAGAAUUAAAGGUGCUAUUCAGCAGGCCAGUGGUACACCACCGGACCAGCCAUUGUCAACUGGUAUGACUUUUUUGGUUGGUGCAUUUGCUGGAUUAGUGACUGUCUACACGACUAUGCCUAUAGACACGGUCAAAACGAGAAUGCAGGCAUUGGAUGCUAGAACCAGAUAUUCCGGUACGUUCAACUGCUUUGCCAAGAUUUUCAGGGAGGAGGGUUUGCUAGCCUUCUGGAAAGGUGCAACUCCUCGUCUAGGAAGAUUACUUCUUGGAGGCGGUAUUGUGUUCACCACAUACGAGAAAAUGAUGACCGUUUUGAACUGA